AUGCUCUCCAGCCAGUCCGUAGCCGGCAUCCCCCUCAACCACGCCCCGUCGGCCACAACCUACAAGCUGCUGGAAAUGCCCCCAGACCUGCUCGCCCUCCUCGAGUCCGACAGCCCGCCCACGCUGCGCCUCGAGCCCUCGCCCACCGCGGGCCUGCUCAAGACGCCCGACAACAAGACUUGGUCCCUCCGCCAGAAGAACACCUCCAACGCCCUCAUCCUACUACACGCCUCCGGCCCCGGCUCCAGCCCCGGCCAGGACUCGGCAGCCCUGAGCACCGUCGCAACCCUCCACGAGACCGUCGAGCUCGUCCCCGAGGCCGAGUCUGCCGCCGCCCCCGUCGUGGCUGCCAAGGGUAAAUGGCAUGAGAAGUUUGGCAAGACCCGUUGA